AUGUCGAUCGAGUGUGUGGUCUUUGAAGUGGCGGAGGAGGCGCUAUUUGCGCUUGGUACUGUUGUUGCUGUUGUUGCUCCUGCUGUUGAAGAUAUUGUUGAUGCUGAUGAAAUCGAUGUUCUUCUCUUUGCUGUUGAUAGUGUUGUUGUUCUAUUUGAUGUUGGUGUUGCGGUGGUGGCGGUGACGAAGACUCAUUCGAGUCUGUUGCCUGGACAAGACGAGAGAUAUCCAGAUUGA